AUCACAGAAGAAGCUCUGAGCAUGGCUUCCAAAACGGUCUCACCAGAGCCACUCGGCGUCCUUCAGGACAGCGACGAUGAUGAUGAUGGGAACAACUCGUCAGGUCUGGAGGAUGAGGACAGCGAUGAAGAAACUAUGGAUCUGGAAGAGAAUGAAAGUGAAGAUGAUGAGCAGAACACACCACCGGUGAAGAAGCCACAAACGCGUUCUCAGUCAAAACCUCCCCCAUCAUGGAGAACACCCGAAGAGCCCGACGAGGCUCCAGCGGUGAUUCGAUUCUGCCCUGCGCGUCCUCCUGGGGUGCAAUUAAAUUCAUCAAACAAAUACACACCAGUAGAGUUGUUCAAACUCUUCUUCUGUCCAGAUGCUGUGGCGACGCUGUGUAAGAACACCAAUAAACAGGCUGCCAGAAACAUCAAACAAGGACGUAAGUACAAAUGGACUGAUGUAACAGUGGAUGAGUUCUACAAGUACAUCGGACUUGUUUUUUACACGGCCCUGAUAAAGCUGAAUGACAUCCGAGACUACUGGCGACAAAACAACAUUUUCUCCAUCGCCUUCCCAGGGACUGUGAUGACAAGAGACAGAUAUAGGACCAUUUCCUGGAAUGUGCACAUGAGCGAUCCAGAAGAGGACCAAGAAAACGAUAGUAGGAAGGGAACCCCACAGCAUGACCGACUGUUUCGGGUGAGACCGCUCAUGGACAGGAUUCGGGAGGCCUGCAAAACCUUUUAUCAUCCACAAAGAAACCUUGCGGUGGAUGAACGAAUGGUUGCAUCUAAGGCAAAAACGAGUAUGAAGCAGUACAUGAAAAGAAAGCCAAUCAAAUGGGGCUUCAAGUUGUUUGUAAUGGCUGACUCUAGCAACGGAUACACUGUGGAUUUUGCUGUGUACACAGGAAAGGACGCCUUUUACACAGGGCAAGGGAUUUCAUACGACACUGUUAUGUCAUUCAUGGAUCAUUCCUUUUUGGGAUCCGGGUACCAUGUUUACAUGGACAAUUUCUACACGAGCCCAAAGCUAUUCAAGGACUUGCGCGGCAAGAAAUUUGGUGCUUGUGGGACAUACAGGGACAACAAGAAGAACUGUAAGGACUGCCCAAGGACUACGCUGAACGCUCUAAGUAGGACAUCACUCAGAGGAGACUUCAGGUGGAUCAGAGAUGGUCCUCUGGUGUUUGUGAAGUGGAUGGACUCUCAAGAGGUUUCUGUUUGCUCUACGAUUCAUGCAGCCUUUGGCGAGACGAUAAAACGGAAAGUGAAGACCUCGAAAGGGACCUGGAGCAUACAGACUUUGCCAUGCCCAACUCCUGUGCUUAAGUACAACGAACACAUGGGAGGUGUGGACUUGUCCAACCAACUGAUCCAGUACUAUACACCACAGCACAAGACCAUGAAAUGGUACCAAAAGCUAUUUUUGCAUUUUUUGGACAUUGCGGCUACGAAUGCAUACAUCUUACACAAAGAACUUGUGUCACAACAACUGUGCCAUGCCUUGACACACAAAGCGUUUAUGGAGGAACUGACUGCACAACUGUGUGGCAUUUCACAGAAAAUCCCUUUAAAACGCGCCUGCUGUGAUCACGUCCCUGUGCCUGUUGCCAAAUUGUCUACAAACAUCAGCCAGAUUGCUUCACAUGGUCGCAGAACCUGCGUCUUCUGCCGAAAGCAACGUUCCAAAAAGAGCAGCACUCCGUGGAAGUGCAGGAAGUGUGAUGUUGCACUUUGCCUUCAACUAACUAGAAACUGUUAUGAGCAAUGGCAUAAAACUGGGUAA